AGAACCGCACACGGUCUCCGCCUGGCUUCAAGCCUUCAAGUUUCAACUCGCCUGUUCUGCGGUUGAAGUAGAUAGCUCGACGCAACUCACCCUGUACGACGUUUCUGUCUCUCAGAUUAUAGGAACCGUAAGGAAACCAGGCUGUCCAAUCAACUUAGCUGCUACGUUAGAUCUCUCUCUAUCGGAUAAUUUUGUCCGCAAUUUCUGAGCACCAAAAAAAGAUGAGAUCAUCAGGCUGGGGCUCCUUGAGGCAAUUUUGGGUGUUUAUGUUGAUUGGAAUACUAUACAACUUGAAAGGGUCAGAAGGGAUUAGAUUUGUGAUAGAGAAAGAGGAAUGCUUCUCCCACGAUGUUAAAUACGAGGGUGAUACUGUCCAUGUUUCUUUCGUUGUCAUUAAGGCUGACUCUCCCUGGCAUUAUUCAAAUGAAGGUGUCGAUCUCGUGGUGAAGGGACCUUCAGGUGAGCAAGUUCAAGAUUUCCGUGAUAAGACCAGUGAAAAGUUUGAGUUUGUGGCGCACAAGUCAGGGGUUCAUAAAUUCUGCUUCAAUAACAAGUCCCCUUAUCAUGAGACGAUUGACUUUGAUGUACACGUUGGUCACUUCUCUUAUUUUGAGCAACAUGCAAAAGAUGAGCAUUUCAAUCCUUUGCUGGAACAGAUAGCUAAGUUGGAGGAAGCUCUUUACAAUAUCCAGUUUGAACAGCAUUGGUUGGAGGCUCAGACUGACCGCCAAGCUAUAGUGAACGAAGCCAUGAGCCGAAGAGCAGUGCACAAGGCAAUCUUUGAAUCCGCCGCGCUGGUCGGAGCUAGCGCGCUUCAAGUGUACCUUCUGCAGCGGUUGUUUGAACGGAGGAUGGGAACAUCAAGAGUUUAAAGCCGCUAAAGUGCUUUGGGACCUUGUAAUAUUACAGAAUGAGAACAUAAUAGUACCUUUUUUAAAAAAAUUUAUUUCUUGACUUUUGGAUGAGCUGGAUUAUUAAUUUACUUGUAAUUUUACUCAACACUGUAGUAACAUUUGUAAUUUUAUUCAAAAGUUACAAAUCUUGCUAUGCUGUCCC